AUGAAUCAGCCGCGUCGCAAGUCGGCGUUCCGCAUCGAGCCGUUUCGGCACAAGGUGGAGAUGGACCCGCGAUACGCGGAGAAGACGUGGGGCAUUCUCGAGGACGCCAUCCACCAGAUCUACAACCACAACGCCUCGGGGCUCAGCUUCGAGGAGCUCUACCGGUACGCCUUUUAUCCUUCUAGAGGUGCCUCGUCCCUCCCUCCGUUGCUCCCUUCCUCGACGUGCGGCAUUCCCAACUCGAGAAUCUCGAGACCGCAUCCACCGCAUCUACAACCACAACGCCUCGGGGCUCAGCUUCGAAGAGCUCUACCGGACGCCAUCCCCCGCAUCUACAACCACAACGCCUCGGGGCUCAGCUUCGAAGAGCUCUACCGCAACGCAUACAACAUGGUGCUGCAUAAGUACGGCGGCCGCCUGUACGCGGGGCUGGUGGUGGCCCAACGCGCACAACAUGGUGCUGCACUGCACAAGUACGGUGACCGCCUGUACGCGGGGCUGGUCUGGUUGCUGCACUCACGGCUGUCUUUCCCUCCCUCUCUGUGUUUACCCAUCUAUGUUUCCCCCGCCAACCAGCAACGCGCACAACAUGGUGCUGCACUGCACAACAACGCGUACAACAUGGUACUCCAUAAGUACGGUGACCGCCUGUACGCGGGGCUGGUGAGCACCAUGACGGCGCACCUCAAGGGCGUGGCGGCGGCUAUAGAGGCCGCCCAUGGUCCUCUGUUCCUCAACGAGCUGGAUGCGAGGGCUGGUGAGCGCCAUGACAUGACAGCGCACCUCAAGGGCGUGGCGCCUGCUAUAGAGGCCGCCCAUGGGCCGCUGUUCCUCAACGAGCUGGAUGCCAGGUGGGCCCUCCUGUACGCGGGGCUGGUGAGCACCAUGACGGCGCACCUCAAGGGCGUGGCUGCUGCCAUAGAGGCGGCGCACGGCCCGCUUUUUCUCAACGAGCUGGACGCCAGGUGGGUGCGGAGUGAGCUUGAGACGCCAGGGCUGGUGAGCACCACGACGGCGCAUCUUAAGGGCGUGGCUGCUGCUAUUGAGGCGGCGCAUGGGCCGCUGUUCCUCAACGAGCUGGAUGCCAGGGCUGGUGAGCACCAUGACAUGACGGCGCACCGCAAGGGCGUGGCGGCUGCUAUUGAGGCCGCCCAUGGGCCUCUCUUCCUCAACGAGCUGGACGCCAGGUGGCACGACUACAGCAAGUCCCUCCAGAUGGUCCGAGACAUCCUAAUGUACAUGGACCGAACCACAUGCCCACUCCUGCUAUGUUCUCCCCUGUUGCCUCCCUUCUCCUGUCCCUCUUCCCUCCCUCCUCCGCUUGCAGGUGGCAUGACUACGGGAAAUCUCUCCAGGUGGCACGACUACGGCAAGUCUCUUCAGAUGAUCCGAGACAUCCUCAUGUACAUGGACCGCACCUACGUGACCAAUCACAACAAGACACCUGUGCACGACCUCGGCCUCGCCCUCUGGCGCGACCACAUCGUGCGCGCCCCCGCCAUCCGCCCGCGCCUCCUCUCCACCCUCCUCUCCCUCAUCCACCAAGAGCGCUCGGGCGAAGUGAUCAACCGCGCCCUCAUGCGAUCCAUAUCGUCCAUGUUCGCGGAUCUCGGCCCGGCGGUCUAUUCGGAGGAUCUGGAGCGUCCGUUUCUGGAAGCCUCCGCGGCAUUUUACCGGGGGGAGGCUCAGAGGUAUCUGGGGACGUGUGAUUGCGCGGAUUAUUUGAGGGUGGCGGAGAGGCGGUUGGAGGAGGAGGGGGAGCGCGUGGCGCAGUACUUAGAUGCGCGCACGGAGGGGAAGGUGACGGGCGUGGUGGAGCGCGAGAUGGUGGGGAACCACCUGAAGCUGCUGGUCGAUAUGGAGAACUCAGGCUUGGUGCCUAUGCUUGUGAACGACAAAUACGAGGAGGGGGAGCGCGUGGCGCAGUACCUGGAUGCGCGCACGGAGGGGAAGGUGACGGGCGUGGUGGAGAGGGAGAUGGUGGGGAAUCACCUCAGGCUACUCGUUGAUAUGGAGAACUCUGGCUUGGUGCCUAUGCUCGUGAACGACAAGUACGAGGAGGGGGAGCGCGUGGCGCAGUACCUGGAUGCGCGCACGGAGGGGAAGGUGACGGGUGUGGUGGAGAGGGAGAUGGUGGGGAAUCACCUCAGGCUGCUCGUUGAUAUGGAGAACUCAGGCUUGGUGCCUAUGCUUGUGAACGACAAGUACGAGGAGGGGGAGCGCGUGGCGCAGUACCUGGAUGCGCGCACGGAGGGGAAGGUGACGGGUGUGGUGGAGAGGGAGAUGGUGGGGAAUCACCUCAGGCUGCUCGUUGAUAUGGAGAACUCUGGCUUGGUGCCUAUGCUCGUGAACGACAAGUACGAGGAGGGGGAGCGCGUGGCGCAGUACCUGGAUGCGCGCACGGAGGGGAAGGUGACGGGUGUGGUGGAGAGGGAGAUGGUGGGGAAUCACCUCAGGCUGCUCGUUGAUAUGGAGAACUCUGGCUUGGUGCCUAUGCUCGUGAACGACAAGUACGAGGAGGGGGAGCGCGUGGCGCAGUACCUGGAUGCGCGCACGGAGGGGAAGGUGACGGGUGUGGUGGAGAGGGAGAUGGUGGGGAAUCACCUCAGGCUGCUGGUGGAUAUGGAGAACUCAGGCUUGGUGCCUAUGCUUGUGAACGACAAGUACGAGGAGGGGGAGCGCGUGGCGCAGUACCUGGAUGCGCGCACGGAGGGGAAGGUGACGGGUGUGGUGGAGAGGGAGAUGGUGGGGAAUCACCUCAGGCUGCUCGUUGAUAUGGAGAACUCUGGCUUGGUGCCUAUGCUCGUGAACGACAAGUACGAGGAGGGGGAGCGCGUGGCGCAGUACCUGGAUGCGCGCACGGAGGGGAAGGUGACGGGUGUGGUGGAGAGGGAGAUGGUGGGGAAUCACCUCAGGCUGCUCGUUGAUAUGGAGAACUCUGGCUUGGUGCCUAUGCUCGUGAACGACAAGUACGAGGAGGGGGAGCGCGUGGCGCAGUACCUGGAUGCGCGCACGGAGGGGAAGGUGACGGGUGUGGUGGAGAGGGAGAUGGUGGGGAAUCACCUCAGGCUACUCGUUGAUAUGGAGAACUCUGGCUUGGUGCCUAUGCUCGUGAACGACAAGUACGAGGAGGGGGAGCGCGUGGCGCAGUACCUGGAUGCACGCACGGAGGGGAAGGUGACGGGCGUGGUGGAGCGCGAGAUGGUGGGGAACCAUCUGAGGCUGCUCGUGGAUAUGGAGAAUUCCGGGCUCGUUCCCAUGCUCGUCAACGACAAGUACGAGGUGCGUGUGUGUGUGGAGCUCUCUUCACGAGAUGGUGGGGAAUCACCUCAGGCUGGUGGGUAUGAUAUGGAGAACUCUGGGCUCGUUCCCAUGCUGGUCAACGACAAGUACGAGGACAUUGCGCGCAUGUACCGCCUGCUGAAGCGGGUGUGGGGGGGGCUGCAGACAGGUGAUGGGGGAGGUGAUGUGGGGGCACCUGAGCUAACAGCCGACAUUGCCCGCAUGUAUCGCCUGCUCAAGCGCGUGCCGGGGGGGCUGCAGACGAUGCGGGAAGGGGGGUGUGAUGGGGGCAGUGAGCCGACUUUCAGUCCCCAUUGCCCCUGCUUGCUUCCCCCUCCUCAUUCCCCCCCCCCCACCUCUCAGGACAUUGCACGCAUGUAUCGCCUGCUCAAGCGCGUGCCGGGGGGGCUGUGUGACGCAUUCCACCAUCCUUCCAACCUUCAUUCAACCCCGCUUCCCUCCACCCUUCCCCCUGCCCGGCCCCACCCCACCUCUCAGGACAUUGCGCGCAUGUACCGCCUGCUCAAGCGGGUGCCGAGUGGCCUGCAGACGAUGAGAGACGCCGACAUUGCGCGCAUGUAUCGCCUUCUGAAGCGUGUGCCAAGUGGCCUGCAGACGAUGCGGGAGGUGAUGUCGGGGCAUUUGAGGGAGACGGGCCGGCAGCUGGUCACUGAUCCGGACAGUGUUGAGACGAUGAGGGAGGUGAUGUCGGGGCAUCUGAGGGAGACGGGCCGGCAGCUCGUGACUGAUCCCGACAGGUAUGACGAUGGUGCAAGGACGGAGUUUGUGCAGCGCCUCUUGGAGGAGAAGGACAAGUUCAAGGACCCCGUUGAGUUUGUUCAGCGCCUGCUGGAGGAAAAGGACAAGUGCAAGGACCCGGUCAAGUUUGUGCAGCACCUGCUAGAGGAGAAAGACAAGUGCAAGGACCCGGUCGAGUUCGUGCAGCGCCUCCUGGAGGAGAAGGAUAAAUAUGACCGAAUCAUCUCGGCCUCAUUCGCCUCUGAUAAAGCCUUCCACACGGCCCUCUCCACCGCCUUUGAGUUCUUCCUCAACCUUAACGCUCGCGCUGCCGCAUAUCCGCCCCUUCCUAGGCUGCUAGAGGAGAAGGACAAGUACGACCGAAUCAUCUCCGCCUCCUUCGCCUCAGACAAGGCCUUCCACACGGCCCUCUCCACGGCCUUUGAGUUCUUCCUCAACCUCAACGCGCGCGCUGCCGAGUACAUCUCUCUCUUCAUCGACGACAAGCUGCGCAAGGGGCUCAAGGGGGCGAGCGAGGAGGAGGCCGAGGCGGUGCUCGAUAAGGUCAUGACUCUGUUCCGGUUCCUGCAGGAAAAGGACGUGUUUGAGAAGUAUUACAAGCAGCACUUAGCUAAGCGCCUGCUGUCCGGGAAGACGGUUUCGGAUGAUGCGGAACGGAGCUUUAUUGUGAAGCUUAAGACUGAGUGUGGGUACCAGUUUACGUCGAAACUCGAGGGCAUGUUCCUGGAUAUGAAGACGUCUCAGGAUACGAUGCACGCGUUUCACUGCGCGUUACAGGCUGAGGCUGCGGCGGCGGCGGUGGCGACGGGAGGAGGUGUGGGAGUGGUAGAGGAGAGGGGGGGCGGAGAGGGAGAGGUGGAGGAUCCGGCUAAUGGGGUUGCUGCUGCUGCUGCUGCUCUUGCUGCCACUGCUGCUGGUUUACGGGAGGAAGGAGGGGAUGAGGGUGGGGAGGAGGAAGGAGAAGGGUCUGCACGCGGGGGAGCAGCAGUAGCAGCGCUCCGCACCGAACCAGAUCUUGCCCUCGCCAGACCGUCCGGCACGGCAGCAGGCUCGGGAGCCGGCUCGUCAUCAUCAGCAUCGGCGGCAGCAGGAGGGGCGGCAGCGGGUGGAUUAUUCCAAGGGCCGACUCUAUCCGUCCAGGUGUUAACUACAGGGUCUUGGCCCACCCAGGCCGGUGCCAGAUGCAACCUCCCCGGGGAGAUCCUGCCCAUCUGUGAGAAGUUCACAAGGCACUACCUGACGACGCACACCGGGCGGCGGCUGACGUGGCAGAUGAACAUGGGGCAUGCGGACGUGAAGGCGACGUUUGAGUCACGGAAAUACGAGCUGUCGGUGUCCACCUACCAGAUGUGCAUUUUAAUGCUCUUCAACACGCACGACUCCCUCACCUAUCGAGACAUAGAAGCUGCUACAGAUAUCCCCUCGGCAGACCUGCGGCGCAACCUGCAGUCGCUGUCAUUGGUGCGAGGGAAGAAUGUGCUGAGGAAGGAGCCGGUGGGCAAGGAGGUGGGGGAUGACGACACGUUCCACUUCAACCACAAGUUUACUUCCAAGUUCUUCAAGGUGAAGAUCGGGACCAUUUCCGCUCAGAAGGAGACAGAGCCGGAGAAGGCGGAGACGAGGCAGAAGGUGGAGGAGGACAGGAAGCCGCAGAUCGAGGCGGCAAUUGUUCGCAUCAUGAAGUCGCGACGCAUGCUGGACCACAACAACCUUGUCAGCGAGGUGACAAAGCAGCUGCAGGCGCGAUUCCUGCCCAACCCGGCAGUCAUCAAGAAGCGCAUAGAGAGCCUGAUAGAGAGGGAGUUUCUGGAGCGCGACCGCAACGACCGCAAGCUCUACCGCUACCUCGCCUAA